AGAAGGUUUCCUGUUCCUCAAUAAGCUCUUUAUUUUGAGAGGACGUCACGAGACAACAUGGAAGGUUGUUAGAAGAUUUGGAUACAACAACGAACUAACACUGAGAGAUGACUACCUGACACCAAUGUUUAAUCCUCUUCCAGAGAGCACAGUUGAACUAAGUGAGUCUGGAACUAGAUUCCUCACUGACCUCUUCAACAGAUAUGAUAAGGAUGGUGAUCAAGCACUCUCUCCUACUGAACAAGAGGAUCUGUUUAGUAUAUGCCCUGAGUUCAUGUGGGAUGAUCUGAUAAGUCACACUGUAGAUACUAACAACAAGGGGUGGGUCACACUGGAGGGGUUUCUGGCAUUCUGGACUCUUCAAACUAAUCUAGACUACACAUGUACAACUAGUUUCUUGGCUCAUGUUGGAUACUCGGUCAUUGAAAAGGGCGGACUUGCAUCAGCUGUUAGAGAAGUCCAGCCCCGUGGGCAUGAGAAGAGUGUUUUUCGCUGUCGUGUGAUGGGAGGGCGUGGCUGCGGAAAGACAACAUUCUGCCGAUCAUUAAUCAGCAAGAUGAAGGAUGUCACUAAAGAUGGCGAUGAAGAUGAGGUCAUUUGUAUAAAGUCUGUCACGUCUGCUAAUCGUCGUAUCUACCUUGUACUUCAUGAGUCCAGUUACGAUCCUCUUGAACACUUUGAUGACAAUACUCUUGUGGUUGGUUCUCUACUGGAAGGCUAUGAUGUCGUCUGUCUCUUGUUUGAUUCCUCGGAGAGAGCUUCCUUUCAGAGUGCAGUGCAAUUAUUUAAUGCUAUUGAUAGUACCAUAUCUGAAGUCAUCCCUUGUGUGUUCAUAGCGACCAAGACUGAUCUACCAACAGUAGAACAAGUUGGAGAGCUUCAGCCGAAUGAGUUUUGUCACGAUGUAGACCUUCCUCCUCCAUUAUCAGUCUGCCUUCCAUUGCCUGAUUCAUACACACAGGCGUAUGCCAGACUAGCAGCUGUUUCAUUAGACCCGUCACAGAACCUACCCUCUAGUUUUCGUAUUCCUCGCUGGCUCAAGAUGGCCAGUCUCGGGGUCUUGGUGACAGCUGGUCUUGGCUCACUGUUAGUGUUUCUAUUAGUUAGAAUGAGACGAAGUGGCGGGAACAGGUUUUCAUUAUAAAUUAUUAUACGUAAACGUGUGUAGUAGUAUUUAAUAAUGAUUAUAAUUAUAUUGAUCUAAUAAUAAUAAUAAUAAUAAUAUUGAGAUAAUAAGUUUUCAUGUCAUUUCUUUCUUUAUUUCUCUCUCUUUGUCUUUUAUCAUCUUUUUCUUGGCACUAAUUAUUAUAUUGAGUGAAUUUUUCUUCUGCUCGUGUAGACUAAAAUGUAA